AGCCUGGGCUACGGGGUACACUACACCCACUUCGUGUCUAGUCCAACGCUGAUCAACGACACGACACAAACCCAACCCCCAUAAUUCAACGUCAAUUCCAGCAAUUCGACCUCAGCGACGCUUCAAUGUGCCGCCAACACCUGAGGUCACGAUGCCUUCGCUAGGCUCAGCCGUUUUACGAUCCCUGGCACUCAUCACAGCCUGGACACAAGCCCAGACCCAGGCCCAGAACCACGAACCCAAUGUCAUCCCUGACCCGAUCGACCUGACCUGCGAUGCCAGAACCAUCAACUACAUCACCCACACGCUGCCCCAAGCUUGUCUCACAAGUUCCUGGACGAGCACUUCUGUGGGCGCAACCCCUUCAGAUGCCAAUUCGACUGCCCACGCACCCCCCGACUCAACACAAAGCGAUGCGCCACCGCCGAACACACAAAGCGAGUCCCAAUCCCAGCCCCAAUCGUCAGCGUCCACCGCCACUCCCGCAAAGGACGAGUCGGAAGAUGCCGCUGCAGAUGGAGAUGCAAAGCCUUUCAUGUCCUUCGAGGACUGGAAGGCCAUGAUGUUGAAACAGACAGGGCAGGACCCUAAAGAUCUACAAGCCAGGAACGCCAAACCCCGCGACAGGACACCCCCGGACAUGGGCUACGCUGGCCUCGGCGAGGAAGAUGAGAUAUCCCUGAAUUUUGGCAGCUAUAUGGAUGACACCGGGGAGCAAAAGGAGCGUCCUUCAGAUGUCGACCAGGCUAAGCACGAGGGAGCAGGGAAGGAUGGCCGUGUUGGAACCCAUAGGAACAAAGAUGCUGGCAAGACUUGCAAGGAACGGUUCUCAUACUCGUCCUUUGAUGCCGGCGCCACCAUUCUGAAGACGAGCCCCGGUGCAAGGAAUGCAAAGGCAAUUCUCGUCGAGAACAAAGACUCUUAUCUGCUCUUCGAGUGUAGUGCCAAGGAGAAGUGGUUUAUUGUCGAAUUGAGCGACGAUGUCCUCAUCGAUACGGUCGUCCUCGCCAACUUCGAGUUCUUUUCUAGUAUGAUCCAAACUUUCACUGUCAGCGUUAGUGACCGGUACCCAGUCAAGAUGGACGAGUGGAAACAGCUCGGAACCUUUCAGGCAGAAAAUUCACGAGCUAUUCAGCCCUUCUUAAUUCAGAACCCUCAGAUCUUCUCCAAGUAUGUCCGGAUCGACUAUCUCACCCAUUACGGGAAGCAAUACUACUGCCCGGUGUCAUUACUUCGAAUCCAUGGCUCGCGCUUCUUCGCAGCAUGGAACGAAGCUCGUGACGAGGAUGCGAGUGAGGAGGCUGAAGAGGCUGAAGUGACUCCCCAAGCCCUCCCUUCAGGGGAAGAGUCGACAAAACCCUCAGAACCUGAGAGUCCUCCUGAGCCUGUCAAGCCGAACUCGAUGGGUUCAAUGCCAUUCUGUGAAGUCAACACGGCCUCACGACUUCUUUUUGAGCCAUUGUUCUGCUCUGCCUCACUCAAUCAAACAACACAGCCAAUCUCAAACCACAGCAGCUCUGUUGAAGUCACCAGCGCUGCAUCCACAACCAACUCCCCUGAUGAAAGAGCACGAAAAGGAACCUCAACACCGCACACCCCCCGGUCAGAGCACCCUACAAGUGAAGAGCCCACGGCCUCAUCAUCUUCUACGACGGUAUCUCCAAGCGCCACGCCAGCUGUAUCCCCAACCAGCCCAUCCUCCAUCUCAUCCUCAAACAUUGAAUCCGCAUCAAACUCCACCACUUCGACAGCAAGCAUAAAAACGACCGCAACGCCUUCUUCCUCUACAACAUCAUCUACUCAGAAGCCCUCUCCCGCCAAUACUGUUAACGCCAAGAAGGGCUCCACGGGAACGGCCUCCGGUUCACCAGCCUCGCCCACUGUGCAAGAAGGAUUCUUCAAGUCCAUAUCCAAGCGCCUUACAAUCGUCGAAACUAACCUCACCCUCUCCCUCAAAUACGUCGAGGACCAAGCUCGUCACAUGUCAGAGACUCUUCACCGUACAGAGCAGAAGCAACUUUCAAAAACAACACUGUUCCUCGAGAACCUCAACAAGACCGUCCUCGCCGAGCUGCGCUCCGUUCGUGAGCAGUACGACCAGAUCUGGCAAUCAACGGUCCUGGCUCUGGAGAGUCAGCGCGAGCAGUCCAACCGAGAGAUAGUUGCUCUCAGUGCUCGUCUCAACCUCCUGGCCGACGAGGUCGUAUUUCAGAAACGCAUGGCCAUAAUACAAGCCGUGUUGCUCAUGUCAUGUCUGAUCCUCGUCAUCUUCUCCCGAGGCGUGCCACUGCACCACCUGGCACCCUUUUCAGAUCAGGCCAGUCUCGCUUCCUACGACGGCGCAACAUCAGCGGCUCGCGUUCGAGCCAUGCAUGGAAGUGCAUACGACGGAGAAGAUGCAUCGUCACUGGCAGCCCGCCAGAGAGCCCAAUAUGCUCCGACAUCAAGAGGAGACGACGGUGCUACUGAACUACAUCGAGGGCCUUUUGCCGACGACAUGCAUCAUGAUCGUGCUGAAUGCGAGCAGCUUUCACCUCCUCCAACGCCAAGAUCUUCUGGAGGCUUUUCUUCAUCGUCUGAUCUGUCGCCCCCUUCUCACGACACACAGCCGAAUGUGUUGCGUCGCUCAAUCCCGCAACCAACCAACUCACGAAAACCAUUACCAGCUCUGCCCGAGAAUCCAUCUUCUCCAUGACAGGUGGCAACAUCUUAGCUAGAAUCAAUAAAAAGAAAAGUGUCAU